AAAUCAUCUUCGUUUCACUUCUUGUUUCGUGUUUCGCGUUUUUUUUUUUUUCCUUUUUGUUUUUCCCCUUCUUGAGACCUGAGCUCACAAUCCCACCAUAUAACAACACCUCCUCGAAUCAAGCUCACUAACCAUGGGUCGCCACGCCAAGCAUUCGCACACCAAGCGCCAGCACCAGCAGCAGCAGUAUUACUCGGCGUCGCGCCAGCCACCGAUCACGCCAAACAUGCCCCGCAAGCACCUGAACUUUACCCCCGCGUCUGCAUUCGCCCCUCUGGGUUCGAGUCCGCUGUUCACGCCUGCUUCGUCGGUGGCCAGCGAGCGGAUUGCGCCAGUGUCUGCGUCGUUGUCGUCGCGAGUGGAGAAGGCCAAAUCCGGCUCGACCUCGACAAAGCUCAACAAUCGCAAGAAGCGGGCCGCUGCUGCCGCCGCUGCUGCCGCAACUGCUGCUGCCAUGGCGGCCGAGUUUGGCACUAUUGAUGGCGAGUUUUCGGGAGGGGAAGGCGGCGUGUCGGCGGGCGCAGACAUGGCGAGCAGCCACCACGCCGUUUCUGAAACUGUUUCAACUGUUGCGGCGGCGGCCGACCGUUUCGCGUUUCAUGCAUCCGGUGGUGGGGCGUCUCUGCUCCCGCCAAUCACGCCUGGCACUGCCAACAGCGUCGACAGCAUCAACGGCGACGGCGAGUUCUUUGCCGACCUGGACCUGGGCGUUGCGGCAUCCGUCCGAUUGCAACGCUCGCGCAGCCGCGAAUUUGAAUCCGACUCGCGCAACCGCUCCCCGACCAAGUCUCCGCUCCCCAUCCGCGUGAGCAGAGCGUCCGCCUCCAGCAGUUGGUCCAUCACCGGCGUUGUUAGCAAGGGAUUGCGCGCCGUUGGUGACUUUUUGCUCGCGCGCACCGAUGCUCCGUCCGGUGGCUCGCCCAAGCGUCACUUUACCGUAUCGGAGCUGACUGAGCGCAUUCUGCAACUCGAGAGCGAAAUGUCCAUCUUGAGGAAGCGAGUUGCUGAUCAGCCAUUGCAGGACCACGCACCUUCCAUGUCGAAUGAUGCCUUUGUGCCACCUCCGCCACCCAUGCCACCCAUGUGCAUGGGUGCUCCUCCACCGCCGCCACCGCCGCUUCCUCCGCUGAUGAUGCCGAAGGAAUACAAGAUUGUGCUGGGUCGAGCAUCGCAAAAGACACAGCGCGACGAGAACGACGGUGAGGCUUCCGGGAAGAAGAAGGCCAAGGGAUUCUCUGUUAGCUUGGAGGACAUCCAGCGCGUGGCUUUGCGCCGAGUCAGCUCCAACCAAAGCGUCACCACUCCUGGAUCCGCCCCCGCCAGCGCCAAGGACAUUACGUCCGCUCUUGCAAUGGAAGCAAAGGCCUUCCAGCUGAAGCGCAAUGAUUCCAUUCGAUCCCCCGGAGGUACGCCCAUGCGGCCACGCAAGGCGACAAAUGCCAGCCUCUUGGAAAAUGCUGGCUCGGAUGCUUCACACGGUGUUCGCACCCUUCUCCGUCGAGCUCGGACGGAAUCAAUUUCCUCUCCCGUACGCCACAGUCCGUUUGGUUCACCCUCCGCGGCGGUUCGUGCAUAACUUAGACUACAGUAUUGCUCUGAGCCUUGCUGGCGAGGAUUUGGUCCAGCAAAGUUCCAGCUCUUCCCUCUGUCGAUACCACCCCCCAACUUCCCCCAUCCACCACUUGCAAUAACACAUCGAGUUAGGUUGACUGUCGUUGCGUGAUUGCUUCACCCUAUUUUAUUGAACAAAACCAACCAAAAAACCAA